AUGGAUGCCUUCCUCCAGACACUUGUGGAAACUGAAUUUCUCAGGGAUCCGUCUAAGCCACAUAAGGAACAGGCAAAACCCCCAGAGGCGCCAGAGCCACAGCUCUGUAUAUCUCCGACUGCCCAUGGUGAGGACAGCCAUCAUGAGUCGACCCAGAACCAGGUGAUGCCUUCCUCAAAGCCCACAGUGAUGACUUCUAUAUGUUCUGAAAUCCCUGGGAUGGUCCUUACCCAAAUCUCAGCAAUGACUCCUGCUAAAGUUUUUGAUCUCCCCCUUGGAGGUCUAAGUGGGACUUGUUCCAUGGAUCAAGAUUUGUUUGAUCAAAUGAAACCAACAGCAAGUUCCCAGAUGACAAAUGUCACUGACACCCUGAAGGCAUCAUUCGUCACUGACCAGAAGACAACCAUUUCUGCAAGCAAGUUGACAGUCUUCAAUGAAGAUGGCCAGACGAUGACCUUCAACAGUGACCAGACCUUCAAUGAAGGCCAGAAGACAAACCUAUGUGGGAGCCAUUUGAAGACCCUCAGUGAUGCCCACAGCAUCUUUGGAGGCCAGAUGACAACUCUCAAAAGGGGCCAGAUUAUGACCUCUAGUGAUGACCAGAUCCUCUAUGGGGAACAAAUGAAGGCCUCCAGUGAUUACCACAACCUCCAUGGAGGACAGAUGACAACCUCCAGUGGUGACCAGACCCUCUAUGGAGACCAGAUGAAGACCUCCAGUGGUUACCACAACCUCCAGGGAGGCCAGAUGACGACCUCCAGUGGUGACCAGACCCUCUGUGGAGACCAGAUAAAGACCUCCAGUGGUUACCACAACCUCCAGGGAGGCCAGAUGACGACCUCCGGUGGUGACCAGACCCUCUGUGGAGACCAGAUGAAGACCUCCAGUGGUUACCACAACCUCCAUGGAGGCCAGAUGACGACCUCCAAUGGUGACCAGACCCUCUGUGGAGAACAGAUGAAGACCUCCAGUGAUUACCACAACCUCCAUGGAGGCCAGAUGACGACCUCCAGUGGUGACCAGAGCCUCUAUGGAGACCAGAUGAAGACCUCCAGUGGUUACCACAACCUCCAUGGAGGCCAGAUGACGACCUCCAGUGGUGACCAGACCCUCUGUGGAGACCAGAUGAAGACCUCCAGUGGUUACCACAACCUCCAUGGAGGCCAGAUGACGACCUCCAGUGGUGACCAGACCCUCUGUGGAGACCAGAUGAAGACCUCCAGUGGUUACCACAACCUCCAUGGAGGCCAGAUGACGACCUCCAGUGGUGACCAGACCCUCUACGGAGACCAGAUGAAGACCUCCAGUGGUUACCACAACCUCCAUGGAGGCCAGAUGACGACCUCCAGUGGUGACCAGACCCUCUACGGAGACCAGAUGAAGACCUCCAGUGGUUACCACAACCUCCAUGGAGGCCAGAUGAUGACCUCCAGUGGUGACCAGAGCCUCUAUGGAGACCAGAUGAAGACCUCCAGUGGUUACCACAACCUCCAGGGAGGCCAGAUAACGACCUCCAGUGGUGACCAGACCCUCUAUGGAGACCAGAUGAAGACCUCCAGUGGUUACCACAACCUCCAGGGAGGCCAGAUGACAACCUCCAGUGGUGACCAGACCCUCUGUGGAGAACAGAUGAAGACCUCCAGUGGUUACCACAACCUCCAUGGAGGCCAGAUGAAGACCUCCAGUGGUGACCAAAGCCUCUACAGAGACCAGAUGAAGACCUCCAGUGGUUACCACAACCUCCAUGGAGGCCAGAUGACGACCUCCAGUGGUGACCAGACCCUCUAUGGAGACCAGAUGAAGACCUCCAGUGGUUACCACAACCUCCAUGGAGGCCAGAUGAUGACCUCCAGUGGUGACCAGACCCUCUAUGGAGACCAGAUGAAGACCUCCAGUGGUUACCACAACCUCCAGGGAGGCCAGAUGACGACCUCCAGUGGUGACCAGACCCUCUAUGGAGACCAGAUGAAGACCUCCAGUGUUUACCACAACUUCCAUGGAGGCCAGAUGUCAACCUCCAGUGGUGACCACACCCUCUAUGGAAGCCAGAUGAAGACCUCCAGUGCUUACCACAACCUCCAUGGAGGCCAGAUGUCAACCUCCAGUGGUGACCAGACCCUUUAUGGAGACCAGAUGAAGAACUCCAAUGGUUACCACUACCUCCAUGGAGGCCAGAUGUCAACCUCCAGUGGUGACCAGACCCUUUAUGGAGACCAGAUGAAGACCUCCAGUGGUUACCAAAACCUCUAUGGAAGCCAGAUGACAACCUCCAGUUGUGACCAGACCCUCUAUGGAAGCCAGAUGACGACUCUCAAAGGGAACCAGAUUAUGACCUCUAGUGGGGACCAGAUCCUCUAUGGAAGCAAGAUGAAGACCUCCAGUGAUUGCCACAGCCUCUAUGGAGGCCAGAUGUCAACUUCCAGUGAUGACCAGACCAUCUAUGGAAACCAGAUGAAGACCUCCAGUGAUUACCACAGCCUCUAUGGAGGCCAGAUGACCUUCAAUUGUGACCACACUCUUUAUAUGGGCCAGACGAUGACCCUAAAUGGGGGUCAGAGGACAGCCUUUACUGAUAACCACACCGUCUGUGGGGGCCAUAUGUUUCCCCAUCUGUCCUCUUCAUUUCCAUACCCAGGAUUCCUGUACUUUUCAGCUUCUCAUUUGAUCCAAGGAGCCCCAGAAGCACAGUGGAACUCCGAGGCCCAUGGAUGUCAGAGAUGUCGUUUUCAGAAGAAGCCUGACAUUUUGAAGUCCUACAAUUGCACAUUCCAGGGCUGUGGGAAAUCUUUUUCAAAGCCUUCCUACCUCCAAAUCCAUAAGCGUGUACACACUGGUGAGAAGCCCUACUCAUGCAAUGUAGAAGGAUGCACUUGGAAAUUCUCCCGCACAGAUGAGCUCAGCAGACACAAGAGAAGACACAGUGGGGAACGACCCUACUCAUGUACUAAAUGCAACAGAAGUUUUGCACGAUCUGAUCACCUAAAGCAGCAUGAAAGAGUCCACAGAUAA